GAUAAAUUCAAACAAAUAAUAAAAAACUAGAACUAAUUUGACAUGUUAGAGAAAGUUUAGGUGGUAGAAGAGAAAGAAUCUCAGCCGUUGGCAUUGGCGGCAAUCGUCAUUUCUCUUCCUCUUCUUUCUCCUUCUUCUUCUUCUUCUUCCUCAUGGUUCUCUUCUUUCUCUCUCUACAGAUUUCCAGUUUCUGCAUUUCUUCUUCAAUUUCCACGUUAGGUCAAACUUCUAUUCAUCAUGACAGAUUCUCCGACUUUACUGUCGGAAAUAUUGAAACAGGUGACGCCAAAGCGAACGGCGCUUUCAAAGAGUACCUCAAUCCGGAUCGUCAUUGUUAUCGCAUUCGGAUUUGCUAUCAUCGUCUUCACCUGUGGCGUCUUCUUCAUUGUCAACAGUCCUACGAACAAUCCUUCCACCUGGUUCAGAAACAUCGACCUGACUCAAUCACAUUUCUCCGUUGUUUUCUCUCGUUUCUUCCCUAACGUCUCAACCGCUUCUUCUCAACUGACUCAAUCACCUGGAUCUGAAGUAUUUUCUAUGCAAUAUUCACCUGAUGAUUCUCAUGGAGGAGGUUUUAAUAAUGGAUCGUCAACGGAAGGUAAUAAUAACGACAAUUCUCAUGUAGAUCGAUCGGAAAUAGUGAUGUUCAGUCCGUUAAGGAAUUGGACUGAUUUGAUGAAGGAGUUAAACAUGAGCGAGGCUUCAUUGAAUGAACUUCAACACUGUGAUUUCUUUGAUGGACAUUGGAUUAAGGAUCAUUCAUAUCCUUUGUAUGAACCUGGAACUUGUCCUCAUAUUGAUGAACCGUUUGAUUGUUUUCACAAUGGAAGACCUGAAUUCGGCUAUGAGAGUUUCAAGUGGAAACCGAAAGGUUGUAACAUUCCAAGGUUUGAUGGAGAAAUGAUGUUGGAAGUAUUGAGAGGUAAGAGGUUGAUUUUUGUGGGUGAUUCAUUGAACAGGAAUAUGUGGGAAUCAUUGGUGUGUCUUCUUAGAAACUCUGUUAAAGAUAAGGAAAGAGUUUUUGAAGCUUCUGGCAAGAUGGAGUUUAGAUCAGAUGGAUUUUACUCGUUUAUUUUCGCUGAUUACAAUGUUUCAGUGGAGUUUGUUCGGUCUAUAUUUUUGGUUCAAGAAUGGGAAAUGGCUGAUAAAAGUGGAUCAAAGAAAGAAACACUUCGGCUUGAUCUAAUUGAAAGUACAGUUGAUUGCUAUAAGACUGCAGAUGUUCUUAUCUUCAAUACUGGACAUUGGUGGACUCAUGAGAAAACAUCUGAAGGGAAAGGUUAUUAUCAAGAAGGAAGUCAUGUAUAUAGUGAAUUGGACGUGGCUGAGGCAUUUCGAAAAGCGAUGACUACAUGGUCAAGAUGGAUCGAUGCAAAUCUAAAUCCAAACACGACCCAAGUCUUCUUUAGAGGCUAUUCACUUUCCCAUUUCAGUGGAGGACAAUGGAACUCGGGUGGGCAAUGCGAUAACGAGACACAACCAAUAAAGGACGAGAAAUAUCUAUUGGAAUAUCCGCCAUUACCAAUUAUAAGCAUGUUGGAAAGAGUAAUGAUGGGUAUGAAAACUCCGGUUUUUUACAUGAAUAUAACGAGAAUGAGUGAUUUUCGAAAAGAUGCUCACCCGUCAAUUUACGCGAAAGCAAAUCUAACCGAUGAAGAAAGAAGAUCACCAGACACUUAUCAGGAUUGUAGCCAUUGGUGUCUUCCAGGUGUACCAGAUUCAUGGAAUGAAAUCCUUUUUACUCAGCUCUUGAUCAAACAUAUCAUGCAACUAAAACAACAAUAACUAACUUAACUGUAAUUCGAAAAAAAAAAGUCGGUUAGUGUCAUCAUAUGUGUCUACUAGCUGUGUAUAGGAUUU